CCACUUAAAUGUUAAGCUGUCUGCAGAACCCAUUUAUAUUUGCAUGGGUGCGAUAAGAUUAGCGUCCUGAACUUUGGCCCCUAGCUCGGCCGUGAAUUUUCUUCUGGCUCUGCGCUGCAUUCCCAUCCCGGAUCACGACCAACAAGGCCCUUGACAACUACUUCGUCGCCCACCCACGACGACGGCCUCUGUUCUGGAUUCCGGCACUCCCUUUAGGGUUACAAAAGAAGCGUCAAUUAAUUUGAGGAUCCUUUCUCGAGUGCGCGAACAUGAUGAGAACCACCCUCUUACGGCAGGCGGCUGCGACACGCGCUGCUCUCGCCGCACGCCCGGCACAGGCCGCAUACAGGGCUUCUUCAGCUGCCCUUGGCCUCUCGCGCCCUGCCCGAACCGCUCCUGCAGCAGUCCGCCGAUCUGCCGCCUCUCUUCUUCGCUUCUACUCGAGCGAGUCUGCCGCUCCCGCGCCGUCGGCCGAUGCCUCCUCCGGCUUCAUUACCCGCUUCGCAGACCUGCCCCAGCUCGGCGUGAAUAACCAGCUCGUCCAUUCCAUCACCAAGGGCAUGGGGUACGAGAACAUGACCGACGUCCAAUCCAUGACCAUCAACGCUGCUCUCGCCGGGAAAGACGUUGUCGCCCAAGCCAAGACUGGCACAGGCAAGACCCUGGCUUUUCUUGUCCCCAUCGUUCAGAGGAUCAUUGCUGGUCAGCCCGAGCUCGAAAAGCCUCGUGGUGGCGGCCGGGCCCGCUCUGACGACAUCCGCGCCAUCAUCCUCUCACCUACCCGCGAGCUGGCCGAGCAGAUUGGCGUCGAAGCGAAGAAGCUUUGCCAAGGGACCGGCGUCAUUGUGCAAACUGCCGUCGGCGGGACGCAUAAGAACUUGAUGCUGCGCAAGACGCGCAUCGAAGGCUGCCACCUUCUGGUCGCCACCCCGGGCCGCCUGCACGACCUCCUCACGGAUGAAUCCAGCGGAAUCGACGCCCCUCGUCUUGCUGCUUUGGUGCUGGAUGAGGCAGAUCGGAUGUUGGACGUGGGCUUCAAGACCGAACUCGAGAACAUCGUUCGCUACCUGCCUGAUCGCGAGAAGGUGCCCCGGCAAACCCUUCUGUACUCGGCUACCCUGCCCAAGAACGUGGUUGGCAUUGCCCGCCAGUUCAUCAACCCGACCAACUUCGAGUUUGUCCAGACGGUCAGGGCAGACGAAGUUCCGACCCACGAAAGGGUACCGCAGUUCAUCGUCCCGUGCCGCGGCUUCGAGAAUCUUGCGCCCACCCUGUUGGAAUUGAUUCGCCGUGACGUGGCCGCAGCCCAGUCAGACCCGGAAAAGCUUCCCUUCAAGGCCAUCGUUUUUCUUCCCACCACAUCCGCGGUCAUGUCAUAUUCGUACCUGUUCCGUCGCCUUAAACAUGACGACCGCUCGAUCCCCAGGGUGUACGACAUUCAUUCCAAGUUGACCCAGAAGUCACGGACCCGGAGCGCAGACGACUUCAGGGAUGCGCAGUCGGCCAUUCUUUUCUCCUCCGACGUUUCAGCUAGAGGCAUGGAUUUCCCCAACGUGACCCACGUCAUCCAGGUACAUCUUCCCCAGGAUCGGGACUUGUACAUCCACCGCAUCGGGCGAACUGGGCGAGCCGGCAAGCAGGGCGUGGCUUACCUGUUGGCUUCCGAUGUUGAGGUUCCGGGCGCGAGGGACCUGCUUCCGGGCUUGCCUAUCCAGCGAUGCACCGAUUUUGAAUGCGCCUCUGUCGACGUGACCAAGGCCGACACGCUUCCAGAGCCGUUUAGGCAGCUUCGCGAGGCUGCGGAGAAGGCGCCCUUCGAUAUUCUCAGAGACACUUAUACCUCACUUCUCGGAAACGCCAUCAGACACGUCGACCGGCAGGACGUCGUGCACGAGGCCAACAAUCUGGCCAAGUACGGCUGGGGCAUGGACGAGCCGCCGGCGGUCUCACCCAGGCUCGCUCAGAACGUUGGGCGCGGAAUUCGAGGGCUGCGGAUAUCUGACACCGGUAUCUCCCGCCACGAUGGUCGCGGCAGUGGUUUCGGUGGCCGCGAUGGUGGAUUUGGUGGCCGCGGGAUCCGCGACGGACGCAGCGGCCGUAGUGGCGACCCAUUUUCCGCCAUGGAGCGGAUGGGAAACGACCGUCCCCGCAGGCACCGGGCCCCCCCUCCCGCCUUCUAAAUGCUCCUUGAGGGAGUGAUGAGGACUUGUUUUGGUUCUCGUUGCUCGAGCGCUUCCGCGACUUCUGGUGCUGUACUUGUACGAUAACAUGUCCUU